AUGGCCGACGUGGAGGGGAGUCCGUUCUCUAUCACGAGUCUGGAGGAUGAGCUCACGUGCAGCAUCUGUCUCAGCACCUUUGACUGCCCGGUCACCAUUCCCUGCGGACACAACUUCUGCCAGGACUGCCUCCUCGCCACCUGGAAGGACUCCUACAGCUGCCCCCAGUGUCGGACCCACUUCGCCUCCAGACCGGAGCUGAAGAAGAACACGGUCCUCAGCACCGUCGUGGAGACCUUCACCAUGAGGUCGGGCAGGAGCGACGGCGGCGUGUUCCGGGAGGAGAAAGAGAGACGGGCCGUGAUCCGCUGUGAUACGUGUAUGGAAGCGGAGGCGUCCAAGACCUGCCUCACCUGCAUGGCCUCCUACUGCGACGAGCACCUGCGGCCUCAUCGGGACAACCCGAACUUCAGCGUCCACCAGCUGAGUGAGCCCGUCGGGGACCUGAUGGAGCGCAUCUGCCCCGACCACCACAAGCUGAUGGAGCUUUUCUGCAGCCAGCACAGCAGGCCAAUCUGCAGCUUGUGCAUUCAGGUCCAUAAAGGCUGCUCCUUGAUGACCCCUGAGGAGCAGAGGAACCUAAAGGAGUCUGAACUGCUAGACAAGUUGGGAUGUCUGGACAGGAAGAUUGAGAGGACUGAGGCUGUGAUGCAUCAGAUGCAGGAGACACAGAGCAAGCUGAAGGAAGGCGCAAGCAAACGGAAGACAGCGCUCACAGCUCUGUAUCAGCACAUGCGGGACCUCUUGGCGCAGGAGGAGCGUAAAGCCCACGUUGAGGUGGACUCCGAGCUAGAGAUCUGUCACAACAAACAUCGGGAGCUCACGAAGAGAUUCACUGACAACGUUGAGACAAUGAGAAAAGCCAGGGACGAGAUCAACACCCUGCUGAGUCGGUUCCAGGCCACAGCCUUCCUCCAGGCUUCAUACGAGCUCCCUAAGGCUGUAAAGUGUGAUCCUUACGUUCCUCGAAUGAACCUGGACUCCAGGAAGGUAACGGCGAUGCAGGACUUCACUAAUGGACUGAAGCAGUACCUGGAAGAGACUCUUAACCAGCCAGUAGAGGACAGAGACCCCCUAACUAAGCCACGUCCAGGAGCAAACGCCGACACUGCUGCUCUUGGUGCGACUAGUACUGGACCCCAGCGAGAACCUGAGCAGGCAGUGUAUUCCACAGCCCACAGCCCGGCUCCUCCUCCUCCUCCUCCUCCUCCUGUCCAGCCGUACUUCCAGACGGCUCCGGUGCCUGCGUUUUCCAGGCAACCACAGGUCAUGUGGAAUCCACCGCAGCGUGGACGUGGACGAGGACGAGGAGCGCCAGCAGGAUUCAGGCCUCCUCCGUUCAGAGCAGCACAAACGAAGCAAAGUGAUGCCCAUCACCAGAACCACCACAAACAAGAUAAAAAGCAAGCACCUGGUGGACACAAGGCCGGGGCGACGGGAUCUCAAUUCACUAAGACAGACAAACCCGGCAGCCAUAAUCCGUCCAAGGCUGGACACCACCCGCAGAAUAAGAAAAAGUAGCUGCAGUAGCAGGUUUUCCUCAGUGAUCAUGUUGUUAACAAGGUUGGUAGGUGAGGAAUGCUAUAUUAUACAUAAUGCAUACAAAGAUAAGAUACAAUAGGUUCUGGACUUAUUAGCACUGCUAUAAGGAUAAGUGUAAGCAUAAUACAGAAAUGUCCCAGAGUAUGUGUGAAAGCAGUUGAUAAGCUGAGGUCAUGAGCUGGUAAAUUAUUAACAUCAGUGAAAUGAUGUUUUGUUCCCAUCUGAGCAGGUGACCUGCUACCAGGCACCAACAGCUUUUAACUACAUUUAAAUAACACACACAGACACACAGUGGGUUAUAUGAAAAUAUUUUAUGGGAAGGAUUUCAAAUUCAGAACAUCACGUUAUUACAUUCAGUUCAUUCUCAGCUCGUUGCUUGGGAAAAGUUGUACAAAUCCUGUUUACAGCCAUUUUUACAAAUGGCUCAGGUUGCUAUUACUGUUGCCAAUAAAAGCAUUGUAACCCA